GGAUCCAUAUCCUCCCCCCCCCCACUGCCCCGACGGCCCUCCUCCUCCAUCGGUCGACCUCGCAAAACUAGCUUCCCGGGCAUCAGCAGCCUCAUCUGAUCGAUCACCAUGUCGCGUAACGCCGACCACGACCUUCUCACCAGCGAGUUUAUGGCGAUGACUGGCGCUUCUAUAGAGCAGGCCACCGACUACCUCUCUAACAACAACUGGGACAUUCGUUCAGCUGCCCAGGCCUACUUUGACGACGACGAUGAUGACGACCUCGACGGCCCUGGCUCUGAAGUCGCACCAGCUGAGUACACGGGGCCUCGAACUCUCGAUGGCCGACCCGCCCCCCAGCCUAUUCCUUCGACCUCUAGUUCCUCGAAGAAACCACCCAAGAAGAAGGGCCUGGCAACCUUGAGCUCGCUCGCGGGCGGCCACGCGCACGACGACGACAACGACGACAGCGAUGACGACGAUCACGACGUGCACCGAGACACCUAUGCUGGAGGCGAGAAAAGCGGCCUCGCUGUCCAGGACCCGAGCCAACGUGAUGGCCCCAGACGCAUCAUCGACGAGCUACUAGCCAAAGCCAAGAGCAAUGCCAGACGACCAGAAGCGUCGUCGGGUGCUGGUCCCUCCGGUCCGAGCGCCUUCCGUGGCUCGGGACAGACUCUAGGCGGUGAAGACACCCCCAGCCGUAUCAUACCUGAUCCUCUAGCACCGGCUGGGGGGGCCGGUUCUGCGCGGGGAUCACGGGCUCCCGGCGAGGUCCAAGAGCGAACACUGCAUCUGUGGCGGGAUGGGUUCAGCAUUGACGAUGGGGAGCUGCGUCGAUUCGACGACCCGGCUAAUGCCGAGGCUCUGCGUAUGAUUCGAGAGGGUCGUGCUCCGACCCAUUUGAUGAACGUUAGGUACGACGAACCUUUAGAUGUUAAACUCCAGCAACAUAAUGAGGAGUAUCGCCCACUUCCUAAGGUCUAUCGACCUUUCGGUGGCUCGGGCCGCCGCCUUGGAAGCCCCGUACCAGGCGAGUCGGCCGUUACAGUUGGGCCUGCUCCGGCAACCUCGGCCACGACCGUCGGUGCGUCGCCUCCGGCCGCCUCUCCAGGCACUUCAGUGGAUGAGUCGCAGCCUACGAUUAUGAUCCGCAUCCAGAUGCUCGAUGGUACCCGGUUGCCAGCUCGGUUUAACACCUCUCAUACUGUCAACGAUGUAUACGAAUUCAUCUCCCGCGCUUCUCCGGGCCUGAGCGCUGGCGGCUGGGUGCUGGCGACGACCUUCCCCAAUAAGGACCACACCGACAAAUCGUUGGUACUUGGGGAGAUGGCUGAAUUCAAGAGAGGAGGUACUGCGGUUGUCAAGAGAAACACGUGAGCAUGGGGACGGUAUGUCAUAGA